AUGAUCAAAGUACACGCUGUGAAAAGCAUGUUUUGCGUGUUGCGAAAUUCCACUAUUUACCGGCAUCGUUUGCUGGCGAUUGUUCAUCUACCAAAUUCGUCACGACCGAUUAAAACAACCGAACAGCAUGGACGUAACGAUAAUGGCUGGAAUAUUCACCGCAAAGUUGGCAUAACGAUGGCACUGACCGGAGUAUUGGGACUGCUCGUUUACAAACAGUUGCAGACCUGUGGCAAACAGCGCGGCUUUAGUUGGGCAAUACCGGCAGUUAGUGCGAAAACGGACUUCACCCCAAAACGUAGCCAGCGAAGAGAUUUUAAUUUCAUCGCGGACGCGGUGGAACUAUCGGCACCGGCUGUGGUAUACCUGGAAAUACGAGAUCGACAGCAUGUAGACUUUUUCACCCGCGAACCAAUGACGGUUUCAACCGGGUCCGGGUUUAUCGUGGAAUCGAACGGCCUGAUUCUGACGAACGCGCACGUUGUGGUGAGCAAACCGCACACGAUGGUUACGGUGAAGCUAAACGACGGCCGUACCUUUCCCGGUCGCGUCGAGCACGUUGAUCCGGCGUCCGAUCUCGCUACGGUACGCGUACAGUGUGACAAUUUGCCGACGCUCAAGCUCGGCAACUCGGCGGACUUGCGGACGGGUGAGUGGGUGGUAGCGCUCGGGAGUCCGCUCUCCCUAAACAACACGGUAACAGCCGGGGUCGUAAGCACAACGCAGCGCCCGUCGCAAGAGCUUGGAUUGCGCGGCAAGGACAUUAACUACAUCCAAACGGAUGCCGCGAUCACAUUCGGCAAUUCUGGCGGCCCGCUGGUAAACCUCGACGGUGAGGCGAUCGGCAUCAACAGCAUGAAGGUCACGUCGGGGAUUAGUUUCGCCAUUCCGAUCGACCACGCGAAGGAGUUCCUGCGCAAAAUAAACGAAUCGCCUCCCGGAUCGGAACGGCGCUCGGCCAGUAAUGUGCCCGCCUACCGACGAUACAUCGGCAUCACGAUGCUAACCCUUACGCCCGAAAUCUUGCGCGAGCUGCAGCAACGCAAUCACAAUUUUCCACCCUUUGUGCGGGGUGGCGUGUUGGUGUGGAAGGUAAUCCAAGGAUCUCCGGCGUACAACGGAGGAUUGCAGCCGGGUGAUAUCAUAACGCACAUUAAUGGAAAGGAGAUUAAAAAUUCAAGCGACGUUUAUGAUUUGCUAUUGGAGCAGGACAAAAAGCUGUCAAUGUCGGUCUAUCGCGGCCAGCAACUUACCACGGUGCAUGUUUUCCCGGAGGAUACGGCAACCUAG